UUCUCUCUAGGGUUGCCGCAAGGUAACCGCUAGUCCUUCUCUCUAGGAUUGCUGUAAGGUAACCGCUAGCUUGGAUUCGUCCACUAUCGGCCUUUGCUGAGGAGCGGGAGCGGGGUUUUCCAGCCAAUUGUUAGAAUUGGAGAGUCUUCUCUCUAGCUGUCAUCUCCCUACGAGUUAGAGUUUUGUUUCUUCCACUUUUUUCAUCGACGAAGAGCGGUUGAUGAUUGUUUUCGAUCGUUCAAGCAGGCUCGGGACUAGGGAUGCAGCGCUAUGGUGGCCGGGCUCAACUUCUGCUGGCGUUUCUGGUCGAAGGUCGAGUGUUGACAAAGAAAAGGUGGAUAAGUUGUUGCGGAGUAUGGGUUCGAUUCAACAGCAAGUGAUGACAAAAGAGGAUAUCGUCAUUCAAUCCAAAAGCAUGACUAUAGAGGCGGAUGAGCGGCGGGCGCGUUCCCCUCUUGAGUCGCCGCCAUGGAGUGCAAGCAAGUUUAGCGUUUGGAAGAAGAUGUGUGAACGCUGGUUUAAUUUAGUUUUAUUCUGUUCGUGUUUUUAUUUAGAAUUGCAUGUUGUUUUGAACAUUUUCUUAUUUCCUAGCAGAGAGUUUCUAGAUUUUAAGUCAGGUGAUGAGAAAUCUGUUUUGCUAGUCAUUGGCUCAAUUAAGCCCAUUACAGGAUCAACGAAUAUUAUUGUUUCUACAGAGGUGAUAUAUUCUAGGUCUGGUUCGAGGGCGGAUCGCAG